ACUCACACACACUCGGCCAGGCGCACGAUGCGGACUACGCGGAGGCGACGCAAGGGAAUAAAAAACUGGUUGUUGGUGUGCGCUGCUGCGUGAUGUAGGCAGCCCGCGCCCGGGACUACUCUGCUCUGCUCUACUGCUCGACUCUGCUCGACUCUAUAUAUCUGACUGCCAUCCACCCCCCCUCCUCCGAUCCUCCUCCGGUUUGCGAGGUUUGCGAAUUCCUCGUCUGCUUUCCUUUGUCCCUUUGUUCCCUUCAUCUUCCUCCUUCCUCCUGCAUGCUUCGACUUGCACGCGAGGGCCCAUAACCCCCAAUCAGGAUGUUGCCACUGCUGCGAAAAACACCGACCAUAUGUACCCUGCCCUCGAUGGCGACCGUGAUCCUGGCCGUCGUCCUUACAGUCGCUGUCUUGUUUCCCGCCGUUGCUAGCGCCGCCGUCGAUUGCGGAAUCCAGCCACUCGUCCUUCUCGGGAAUACCACCACAACCGACACGACCACGACCGAUCAUGCCGGCCGUGUGAAUGUUCAACUGGGCGAGGACAGCGGGUCCGGCCUAUGGAUGUCGGUCUCGAUAGUCGAUGAUGCCACCUUUGUCAAUGUGAGGAAUGGGAAUGGGAACGGCACCGACACGAAUUCGCUGCGGUUUUCGGGACUCGAUGUCAAGAUUGAGGAAUACAAUCUCACCUACGUCGAGAAGAAGACCGACAGCGAUCCGUCGUCCAAUAUCAUCGGGCUGGGACCGGACUCGACGUUGAUUCGAGAGCUAUACGAGGCCAAGAUAAUCCCCAGCCGCAGCUACGGUCUCAGCUACGAUGCUAGCACGCUGUCGAUCGACUCGCUUGUCUUGGGCGGCCAAGACAGAUCCCGGUAUAGCGGGAGUCUCUACGAAUCAGAACUGGCCGAACCAAACGGCGAAGCAUUAAACGUUGAGGUCGAGCGUAUCACGCUCACCAAGGAAGACGGCGAGCAGGUGGUGCUCGCCGCUCCCGCCGCAAACUUCACGGCGACCCUGGAUAAUACCAUCGACCAACUGGUACUUCCCUCGCCCAUCGCAGCCGCCUUCCAGCGCGCCGUUGGCGCUGUCGUGGCCGACUCAAGCCACCUGAACAGCUCCGAAAUCAAAGUACCUUCGUCCACUCAGUAUGGCCGGAUUUUACGAUACUCAAAGUCAUUCGGAGGAAGCCUCACCAUAACCCUACGCAAUGGCUACAACGCCACGAUUCCAUCGGAGGUGCUGAGUCGGAGUCUCAACACGACCACUGAGCAAACGGUUCGGAUAUCCGCUGUCCUCGAGGCAAAGUCUGGCCAGACCAGUGGGGUCUUUGGCGCAGCGUUUCUGUCACAGGCAUACCUCUCGGUCGACUACGAAAGCAUGAAAUUCUACCUCGCGAAUCGAGCGAACGGCGGAAAUAUGGAACUAUCAACGUUUGGCUGCAGCGUGUCUACGUCCAGCACACCGAUAGUGAUAGUCAGCGCAACACCAAGCACUACCGACCGCAGCAGCAGCAACAACGGCAGCAGCACCAACACCCACAUCCUCGGUCCCGUCCUGGGCAGUCUCAUCGGCGCCAUAGUAAUCCUGAUCGCGAUCCUCUUCCUCAUCAAACGCUACAAGCUCCGCAAGAAGACCGAAAAACAAAACAGUCUUGCGGCGGCGGCGGUACCGACAACAUCGUCGCCAACGUCGCGCGGGCUGGGAGGGUCGGAUGAUAAGCAACUGGGAGAAUAUAAUCAGGGCAUAUCCUCUUCCGGCGGCGGUGUUGGCGCUCGGCGAGGGCACAAUGGCGGGCUGGGGCUGGAGGGCAUACGGUUACCCACCACGCCGUCGAGAGUGAGUCUUGCGCCGUCGACGAUGGCCGGAACGCCCGCGAGGAAUAGUUACUUCACGGAGGAUUUUCAUGAUAUCGUCAGGACUCCGCCGCCAAGAUCAUAGUCACUAUGCAUUCUCAUCUUAAAAUUUUUUUUUUUCUUAUGAGCUUUUAUCUACCCCUGUUGUAGUAUACCUAUUUCUUUUCUUUUCUUUUCUUUU